GAAAGGCCACUACUGAAAUAGCAGACAUACUGCUGGAAAACCUAAAGCUAGCUUUGAAAAUCUACCUGAGGCCGUGUUCACAGUUUCCCUCAACAUUUUGCUAGUCUGUUUGACCAGUUUACCAAACUAGUGUUUAAGUUUUUAUGAUUCAUGGCACUCUAAUACUUCUCAGUUUCUCAAUUUAUAACCACAAAUAUACUGUGAAAUUGAACCUCCGUUAAAUGAUUAAUAUUGUGUAAUUAAAUAAAGUUGUUAAGAAAACACCCUAAGACAUACCAGUAUGAAUAAAUUAAUGUAAGAAUGAAUUCAGCAUGGUCAAAUAAGGUAGAUCUUUCCAGACCCAAUAUAGGAAAUUAGGAUCUGGGGGUUCAUUUCAGUCAAAAGCUCAGCCACCUUAAAUCCCGCAUUAACAGAAUUAACUCAGUCAUCUACUGUUGGAGCGAGUUUACCCCUGCCGUCCUUAUCUCACUCUGUCUUACUAUUGAGACAGACACUCAAUUCUCCAGCCAUCAUCUCCUGACUCAACACACAGGGUGUUGUUUGGCCUCUAACAUCAAAAGAAGAGGUCAAGCCAGUGAACAAGAACAUAUUUUGGACAAAGGAGACGGUCAAGCACCAUAGAAGAGGAAAGCCUCUGAAGAACUCAAGAGGCAGAUUCUUGCCGAGGAGUUUGACAGAACUGACAUAUCACUAAGGCACUAAAAUCAACUACCAUGGGAAAUGCCACCAGUAGCGCAAUAUCCAAGGAGAUCCUGGAGGACCUCAAGCUGAGCACCAAAUUCACUGAAAAUGAGAUCUGCCAGUGGUACGAGAAUUUUCAGAAGCAGUGCCCAACGGGACGCAUUACUCCAGAGGAGUUUGAGCAGAUCUACACCCGCUUCUUCCCUGAAAGCGACGCCAAGAGCUACGCACGACAUGUGUUUCGCUCCUUUGACACCAACGAUGACGGCACUUUGGACUUCAAGGAGUACAUUAUUGCUCUGCACAUGACCUCCACUGGGAAGACGACCCGAAAACUGGAAUGGGCCUUCUCGCUGUUUGAUGUAGACAAGAACGGAUACAUCAACAAGACAGAAGUGACAGAGAUCUGCCAGGCCAUAUUUAAGCUGAUCCCCAAGGAGGAGCAGAGCAAGCUACCAGAGGAUGAGAACACACCCGAGAAGAGAGCCGACAAGCUGUGGUCUUACUUUGAAAAGAAAGACAACGAGCGACUGGCUGAGGGAGAAUUCAUCAAAGGAGUGAUUGAAAACGAGAAUGCAAUGCGUCUCAUCCACUAUGAACCAAUCAAACAGUAAAGCCAGUCCUACUCAUCCCUUCUUCUUCUUUCCCUCAGUAGGUUCUUUCCAUACUUUUCCUUCUUCCUCUAAAAGCCACAUAUAUUUUCUCUUCCCUCCUCUUUAAUCCACUCAGCUCCUCUGUGUAAAUACUCUUUUCUGCAGUGUCUUUGUUGCAACUAACUUUUCAGUAAUUUUCCUUUGUUGUUUGUCAAUGAAUUUAUAUCAAAUAGAGGCUUAUAGAGGCAAAUUAUGGCAUAGUGUUUCAAAAUGUGUACAGACAAAAAGAAUAAUAUAGGAUGACUAUAUUGAUGCAAUACAUAAUAUAUACACAUACAUAUGUUCUAUUGUUAAACUUUUAAAUGGUUCAAGUAACAUUCUGGCUGGUUGUUAAUGGCAGUUAUAUAAGUAUCA